CAACCGCACUCUCUCUCUCUCUCUCUCUCUCUCUCUCUCUCCAUCUCAUGGAUCUCUCUCUUCUUUUCACGUCCAUCUUCAUCAUAAUUCUCUCAUACAAGCUAUACCAAAGGCUUCGGUUCAAGCUUCCGCCGGGCCCUCGUGCAUGGCCGGUCGUCGGGAACCUCUACGACGUCAAACCGGUGAGAUUCCGGUGUUACGAGGAGUGGUCACAGUCCUACGGCCCCAUCAUAUCGGUCUGGUUCGGGUCGACACUAAAUGUUAUUGUCUCCAACUCGGAGUUAGCCAAAGAAGUCCUCAAACAAAAUGACCAACACUUGGCGGACAGACACCGGAGUCGAUCCGCAGCUAAGUUUAGCAGAGAAGGGCAGGACCUGAUAUGGGCUGACUAUGGGCCUCAUUAUGUCAAGGUUAGAAAAGUUUGUACACUUGAGCUUUUCUCUCCAAAGAGGCUUGAAUCUCUCAGACCCAUCAGAGAAGAUGAGGUCACUGCCAUGGUCGAGUCCAUCUACAAAGAUUGCACUAGUCCUGAUAACCUGGGGAAGAGCUUGCUAGUGAAGAAAUACCUUGGAACAGUGGCUUUCAACAACAUAACAAGGCUUGCUUUCGGAAAACGGUUCGUGAACGAUGAGGGGGUCAUGGACGAGCAAGGGCUCGAGUUCAAGGCCGUUGUGGCUAACGGAUUGAAGCUCGGUGCCUCCCUUGCCAUGGCAGAGCACAUCCCGUGGCUCCGGUGGAUGUUCCCCCUAGAAGAAGAGGCCUUUGCCAAGCAUGGCGCACGUAGGGACCGCCUUACUCGCGCAAUCAUGGAAGAGCACACCCUCGCCCGCCAGAAGUCCGGUGGAGCCAAGCAACAUUUUGUUGAUGCAUUGCUUACCCUUCAGGACAAAUAUGAUCUUAGUGAGGACACUAUUAUUGGCCUACUUUGGGACAUGAUAACGGCGGGAAUGGACACAACUGCAAUAUCUGUGGAAUGGGCCAUGGCAGAGCUAAUUAAGAACCCUAGAGUCCAACAAAAGGCCCAAGAGGAGAUGGACCGAGUGAUCGGAUUCGAACGCGUGAUUACCGAAUCCGACUUCUCAAACCUUCCAUACCUACAAAGUGUGGCCAAGGAGGCACUCCGAUUGCACCCACCAACACCGCUUAUGCUCCCUCACCGCGCCAAUGCCAAUGUCAAGGUCGGUGGCUAUGACAUCCCUAAGGGGUCCAACGUCCACGUUAAUGUUUGGGCUGUAGCCCAUGACCCUGCAGUGUGGAAAAACCCAUCAGAGUUCCGGCCCGAAAGGUUUUUUGAGGAGGAUGUUGACAUGAAGGGGCAUGAUUUUCGUUUACUACCAUUUGGUGCUGGGAGGAGGGUUUGCCCUGGAGCUCAAUUAGGCAUCAAUUUGGUCACAUCCAUGUUGGGGCACCUUUUGCACCAUUUUUCUUGGGCUCCACCAAAUGGGCUAAAGCCCGAAGAUAUUGAUAUGGGAGAGAAUCCAGGUUUGGUCACCUAUAUGAGGAGCCCAGUACAAGCAGUCCCCACUCCAAGGUUGCCAUCUCACUUGUACAAACGUGUGGCUGUGGAUAUGUAACUUCGUGUUGGGCUUUUUUUUAUUAUUUGUUUGUAAUUUUACAUGGAUACAUAAUGGGCCAAAGCUUCAUUGUAUUGGGUUGGACCUCACAUUGAAAUGUAUCAAGUACUUCGCUCAGUGUACUGUAGAAUUAUUUGUUAGGAUCUGUUUGGCAAUUGCUUCUAUUUCAUAUUUUUUUGCUUUAAGCAGUUAUUUGGUAA